UGUUUUAACUAUUUUUUUUCUAUUUUUUCCACAAUGCUGUUUCCUCAUCCAUCAUCGUAUAAAUACACACUCGCAACCUACACCCCUUUAGUAUCUAAAACACACACACAAAACCCACAUUCCGGUGUUUUCUAUGGCCGCAGCGAAAAGAUUUUCGGAUCACCUCGACUCGAAUUCCGACCAACAAAAUGAAAAACGGAGGAGAACUGGCCCGCGUUUAGCUACUGUGAUACGGGAGGUGAUUGCUGGGAAUUUCAUGCAGAACUUUUGUUCUGCCCUUGAACCGAUGAUCCGGAGAGUGGUUCAAGAAGAAGUUGAGCAUGGAUUACGACGCAGUGCAUUAAGAUCAUUAAGCAGAUCAAGUUCACUACGAAUCCAAGCAGUCGAACCGUCGCGACUCAAGCUAGGUUUCAGCGACCGCCUCGCCCUACCUAUUUUCACAGCGAGCAAAAUCGUAGACCUAGAGAAAAACCCUCUUGAAAUCAUUCUCCUAGAGACGAGAGGCGACCGCAUGAUUCAGACCGCUCUCGCGUACCCUAUUAAAAUCGAGAUCGUCGUCUUAGACGGAGAUUUUCCCCGCGGAGACAACGAGACGUGGACCAGUAAGGAAUUCGAGAAGAGCAUUGUGAGGGAGCGAACCGGGAAGAGGCCAUUGCUCACGGGAGAGUCUCAUGUGACCAUGAGGGACGGAGCUGUUGUUCUCGGUGACUUCGAAUUUACGGAUAAUUCGAGCUGGAUUCGGUGCAGGAAAUUCAGGCUCGGUGCGAGAGUGGUGCAGAGGAGCUGCGGAGGAGUUAAAAUUCAAGAAGCUAUCAGUGAAGCGUUCGUUGUGAAAGAUCACCGUGGAGAAUUAUACAAGAAACAUCACCCUCCCAUGCUGGAAGAUGAGGUCUGGCGUUUAGAAAAGAUCGGAAAAGACGGAGCUUUCCACCGGAAGUUAGCCGCGGAAGGCAUCAACACCGUCCAGGAUUUCUUAAAAGUCUCCACCGUUGAGCAAUCGAAGCUUCGAACUAUUUUAGGCGUUGGAAUGUCGGAAAAAAUGUGGGAUGUUACAUUGAAACAUGCAAGAGACUGCGUUCUGGGAAGCAAGCUGUACAUAUAUGGCGGACCAAGCUACACUAUUAUCUUGAACCCUAUUUGCGAAAUUGUGAAGGUUGUGGUUAAUGGACAGACUUACUCCAAGCAGUACCUCUCAAGCCUGAAUAGUGGUUAUGUUGAGAAUAUGGUAAGAAGUGCAUACGCAAAUUGGAACUCCUUACAGGAAGUUGAUGGACAGUUGAAUCAGACCCCUCUUCUAACCCAAGGUGAUUUGGUGGAUCAAUACCAAAGUAACAGCCAUACUAUUGCGAGAUCCUUGCAACAACAUGCUUUUUUUACUGAUGAGGGAACGUCACUAGAGACUGCGCAAGCUGAAUGUAGUGAUCUCUGGGUUGAAACUCCUGCGUUCAUUAGUACUGCAGUGGAAUCGGGUGUCCGUUACAACUUCCCUGACUCUCCGUCUGAUGGAGAAUUGUCACCAGCUAUGCCAUUUGCCCGUGGAAUUUGAAAACUAUUAAUGUGAUCGAUGUAGAUAGGCCAAGUAUAAUAAACCCUGUUGUUUUUUUUGGCCGCCCUUGUGAACCGUACGUCACAAAAGUGGUGUUUUUUUCUUCUCUUUAGGUGCAGAAGUUCUAUUACUUUCAGUUUUACAGUUUUUCAUGCCACUUCCCUUUUGUUAAUUUUGUGCCAAAGAAAAACAUGGAACAGAGUGAAGUUUCUUGAUUUUCUUUCACUUUUUUAAGGGAAAUAUGUUGGAUGAAUGUAGCUCUUGUUACGUCUUUUCGUCUAGCCAAGUAAAAGAGCUUUUGUUUUCUGGAAAA